AUGUAUUCUGAGUAUGCUGAAAUUGGUGGUUUUGAUGUGAGACUGAGCACGCAGUCAAGGUUUGAUAACAAGAUUGUAAAGAAGAAACAUGUUAUAUGUAAUCAUGAUGGCAACCAGAAAAAGAAAUCUUGUGACACAUUGGGUACAAGUGGUGUUAAGAGGAAACGAAAUUCAAAUUCAAGAGUUAUUGGUUGUCAAGCAAAGAUUAUAUUUGAAUCUGUGUAUGAAACUCCAGAUUAUAAAGUUUUUCAGUUUCAUGAAUUUCAUAACCAUCCACUUGAGAAGAGAACUGAUUUAAAAAGGGUGAGGCGAAUGUCAUAUUCAGAAACAGAGUCUAUAGUGCGUGCUUUGACAUCAAAAAUAGGCCCAACUAUGGCUCAUAAGUUGAGGGCAAGUCUGAGAGGUGGGUAUGAGUUUGUAAAGCCCAAAGUAGUUGACUAUAAAAAUUUAAGUAGAGAUAUCAACCGGGUUAUAGGUUAUAAAGAUGCCCAAAUGAUAGUAAACACAAUGAAUGACCAUCGAACUCACUAUCCAAAUUACUCAUUUGAGUUUAACUGUCAAGAUGAUGUUUUGGAUUGUAUGUUUUGGGCUGAUGAAAUGGAGAAGACAUAUUAUGCUGAAUUUGGUGAUGUUAUCUUGUUUGAUGCGACUUUUCGAACAAACAAGUAUCGAAUGGUUUUUGUUCCAUUUAUUGCUAUUGACCAUCAUAAAAAAUCAGUUACUGCUGGAGCGGGUUUGCUAAUCCAUGAAAGCAUUGAGUCCUACUCUUGGUUGCUUAAAGCGUUUCUUAAAACUCAUGAAAAAGAACCAACACUUGUUUUAACCGAUCAAGAUGCAACAAUAAAACAAGCUAUUGAGAAUGUUUUUCCUAAUUCAAAGCACCGAUUAUGUAUAUGGCAUAUAAUGAAGAAGUUGAAAAACAAAAUAUCAGAUGAUUUAUUUAUGAACAUUGACUUUAGAAAAAGAUUCUCAAAGCUUGUUUGGGACAUUAAUAUGAAACCUAAUGUAUUUGAGACUAUGUCGAGGUCAGAGAGUAUGAAUUCAUUCUUAAGUACCUACUUAGAAAGUGGUAAUUUACUUUUGAAUUUCAUGACGAAUUACGAUACUGCCAUUCAAAUGCAAAGGAAUACUCAACGAGAGCUUGAUAAGAUGGGUGGGAAGUUUAUAUUAUGCAACACAACAACACUAAAAGCGAAUUUAAGGUUUGAACAUGCUUUUACAAUAAUGAUGAGAUGUGGUGUGAAAGAAAUUCCUGAAAGGUACAUUCUGAAAAGAUGGAGAAAGGAUGUAAUAUCAAGAAAUUAUCGUUUUAAUUCUCUUCAAUCUGAUUCAGGGGAUUAUGAGAAUGUGAAGCUAUUCAAUGAUUCAUAUUAUAAUGAGAUUGAUAGUCGAGCAGGUGAUACCACUUUAGAGCCACAACCAUACAAGGAACAUGCAAGAAAGACUAGAUCAAGAGUUCCCAGGCUAUCCUACAAGACUACAUACACACGUAGGUCACUCAAUUGGAUGAUUCCCGACCUCUUGACAGUUCUUUUAACAUCUAAGAAAUGUUAG